UGUGAGGGAGACGGCGAAAUGGCUGCGCAGGUCGCUGCAGUGCGCGCCGUGUCCCGGGGCGCGGAAGAGACGCCUUCGCUCCCACUUGGUGACCGGCCUGGCCGACCGAGGGGAGGGGGGAGGAAGCGGAAGGGUCCAUCCGGGGAGGUCGGAGGGUGUAAGAGGGCUAAACUCAGCCAGCCGCCGCUCGUGGUAGGGCCCGCUCAGGCGGAGCCGUUGCCACCGGCCGCCGUGCCUGGUCUCUCAGCGGCUCCCGCCGUCCCUUCCGCCACGGCGGGGCUCUUCACCUUCUCCCCCCUCAGCCUUCCCCCGCAGGCCCCACGCUGCGAGCGGCGGCAUCACCACCGGCAUCGACACCGCCCGGACAGUGGCGACUCAGAGCCCGGGCGCUCUGCUGGGGAGAAACCGCACAAGGGGAGGCGGGGAAGCUCUGGCGACGGGGCUGUCGGGCGGCCCAGCAAGCGAGAAAGCCGAGAUGAAAAUGGCAAGACCCAGAGAGCUGACAGUCUUAUUGUAAAGAAAAUGAAGAAAAAGAAGAAAAAGAAACAUAGAGAAGACAUGAGGGGGAGGCAUCUGAAAAUGUACAACAAAGAAGUACAGACAGUAUGUGCUGGUCUUACCCGUAUCAGUGAAGAGAUUUUGACUCCAGGGGAGAGCGAUAACUUGGAAGAGAACAAGGAAUCUUUUAGGUAUCUAAAAGAUGAACAGCUGUGUCAGUUGAAUUUUGGCAUGCAGGAAUAUAGGAUACCCCAGGGGGUGCAAUCUCCAUUUACUACCCACCAGGAGCAUUCUGUUCGUAACAGCUUCUUAAAAACAGGCACUAAAUUUAGUAAUUUCAUUCAUGAAGAGCAUCAGUCAAAUGGAGGAGCUCUGGUUCUUCAUGCCUACAUGGACGAACUCUCAUUUUUGUCUCCAGUGGAGAUGGAGAGAUUUGCAGAAGAAUUUCUUGCUUUGACAUUCAGUGAAAAUGAGAAAAAUGCAGCCUACUAUGCUCUAGCUAUAGUUCAUGGGGCAGCUGCCUACUUGCCAGACUUCUUGGAUUACUUUGCUUUUAAUUUUCCUAACACUCCAGUGAAAAUGGAAAUCCUUGGCAAGAAGGAUAUUGAAACAACCACCAUUUCAAACUUUCACACUCAGGUCAGUCGAACAUACUGCUGUGGAACCUACAGAGCAGGUCCGAUGAGGCAGAUCAGUCUUGUUGGAGCAGUGGAUGAAGAAGUUGGAGAUUAUUUUCCAGAAUUUCUUGAUAUGUUGGAAGAAUCACCAUUUCUUAGAAUGACUUUGCCUUGGGGUACUCUUUCUAGCCUCAGACUUCAAUGCAGGUCACAAAGCGAUGAUGGCCCCAUAAUGUGGGUAAGGCCAGGAGAACAGAUGAUCCCAACAGCUGAUAUGCCAAAGUCACCUUUCAAAAGACGCAGAUCAAUGAAUGAAAUAAAAAACCUCCAGUAUCUACCUCGGACCAGCGAACCCCGUGAAGUUCUCUUUGAAGACAGAACAAGAGCACAUGCUGAUCAUGUUGGGCAAGGGUUUGACUGGCAGAGUACAGCUGCUGUUGGAGUGCUGAAAGCUGUACAGUUUGGUGAAUGGAGUGACCAGCCUCGUAUAACCAAAGAUGUAGUUUGUUUUCAUGCUGAGGACUUCACUGAUGUCGUUCAAAGACUUCAGUUGGAUCUGCACGAACCUCCAGUGUCACAGUGUGUUCAAUGGGUCGAUGAAGCUAAGCUAAACCAAAUGAGACGAGAAGGGAUUCGCUAUGCUAGAAUCCAGCUAUGUGACAAUGACAUCUACUUCAUCCCAAGAAAUGUCAUCCAUCAAUUCAAGACAGUGUCAGCUGUCUGCAGUUUAGCUUGGCAUAUAAGACUCAAACAAUACUAUCCUGCAGGGGAAAAUUCUCAAAAUACAGAAAGCAUUUCAAAUAAGGACAGUAGCAUCUGUGACAAGAUGAAAUCAGAAGGUGAAGAUCAGUGUGUGCUUAUGACAAAGGAGUCUGAAGAAGUAGGAAGAGAAGUACAGACUGCAACAAUGGAAUCACCAUCAUUGUUUUCGUCUCUGUCGUGACUUGUCCUGCAACAAGAUAAGCUGGCUCAGCCCCAGUUUUUUAAACUAGAAUCAGAUCCACAGGAUGAUCAUAUGUACUCUCUUGUGUGAUAUGUACAUAACCAUAUACAUUUUUAAACAGCUUUUUAAAUUUUUGAUGUGAAGUUAUAGUUUUAUAACUGGGUUACGUUUUAUUGGAGAAAUCUUGCCUAUAAUUCUAUAAAGAAAGGUGACAUUCCAAAAUGUCAGGCAUAUCUUUUUUACACAGAUUAUGCAAAGUUAGAGUUGUAUUUUACUCCCUUAGUACAGCAUGUAGUAGUAGUGGACUACAUUUUUUGUGUUUUUUGUUUUUAAGGAAUGAGGUAAUAGUUCAGCACCACCUCAAUAUUUUUUUUUCUUCAGGAACAUCCAAGUAUUUAACACUUGGUAAAUUGGAUACCCUUCCAUCUAUUUUACCCUUAGCUUUCAGCAUAAAAGGGAUGGUUUCUGUGGAAGAUUCACAAAGUGACUCUCCCAUUUGAUUAAUUGCUUGAAUGAAAGAGAAAGCACAGCACUUUUAAUGAUCAAUGACAUUUGUGUGUGUGAGAGACUUUGAAAGCCUGGAGGGAGCUCAGAUUACCAGCAGUGUAGAUUAAUUCUUUUACCAACACAUUCUCAAAGAAGUUGAUGUAUGAGAUUAGUAGCAGAGUGUAUGAUGUAAUAACUGACACAACACUUCCCGUAUCUCUGCUUUUAAUGUGUGGGAAUAUUGCUUUUUUAAUAUCUUCCCUAACUGCAUAAAGUAACACUAGUGUCUAAUGAAACUGUUGGCGGCCUCUCUAAGGAAACUGCUGUCUUUGAGCACUUUAAGGCUUUACAAUAUUCUAACCAACUUGGUGGCUUGUUUAAUUCACAGCAGGCAUCUGAGAGGGAAACCAUCAGCUCCUUUGCAUUGAUGCACUUAAUCCAGUAGAAUAGGCUUAAGGAUAUAUAUUGGUUGCCUUUAUUCUCAGAAAUUCUAUAUUGCUGUUUCACAAUAAAUUAUCACAUAUGGACUGCUGUUUCCACAUGUAAUGCUUGGGUACCCUAAUGCUGUGUUGGAAGAUUAAAUGGCACAUGCUAGUAUGCUCACUAUCAUUAGCUAACAUCGUUUAGCACUCACAUUAUAUUUCCCAAUAUUAACUAUAGUCAAGUUUCACUCAUUGUCUGUAUACUGAAUUACAUUUAUUUCUGGUACUAGAAACAGGCCCCUCACAUGUAGGAUGUAAACUUCAUUAAGGUGUAAUCAAAGGUGUUAAAAGCAACUCUCUUUUUGUGGAGUAGGGGAGAGAUCCAGAGCACUACACCAAUGCAAACAAAGAAAGCAGCUAUGUUUAUUUCAGUGCAUCUUUGAUAUCAGUCGUUUAGAAAAACUGCAAAUAUUAAUGUUUAUAAUAGCAAUUACUUUGUGCAAUAUUGUUUUGUGUAGAUUAUAUGCAUAUUAGCACCUCUGUGUAGAGGACACAGUUUUAAACCAAUAUCAAAAUAAUCAGAAAAUAUUGCAGUGAUUUAGAUAGAACCUGUAUUACUCCUGAUAUAUACACGUAUAUGUAUUGUCUUUAGUGCAUACCUGAAGACAAAUAGAAAAUAUUUCAACUUAACAUGAAUUUUCAGAUUGGAGUGGUGGUGACUUGUUGAGUAAUCUGUGUAAAUAAGGUGUUAGGAAGAAAAUCCUUUUACAAAAGGUAAUGUGUUUUUAUGCAGGAGUGUAGCUUUUAAUCUUAACAAAAAAAUUCUAGGUUGACCAAUACUGGUUCAGAAAAUAACCUCUCUGUACUCUGGCUUUUUCCACUUUUUUACUCUUGUCCAGAAGAAUUUUCAUAAGCUUUAAUGGGCUGUGCAAAGUAAAAAUUCUUCACAGGCAAUAUGAGUUUCAGUGCAUCAUUUAUAUUUGACCAAUUCCAUCUUUAUUUUUGCAUUUCUCUUCCAUUCAUUUUACUAGUCUUCCAAGCAUUGAUUUCCCUUCACCUAUGUGUUGUAAAUGGCCAUGUAAGCAAAGAUUUCUCUUGGGCAUUUCAACUAGCAUGGGUAAAUGUCACCUGCAAGACAGCACUGUGUAUAAUCACUCAGGAAUUGGGAAAAAAAAUUGAAAGACCUUAACAGUUGAAGGGAAAACUGUUCAUCACUUGUCUUUCCCUGUUUUGUAAUACAACUUCUAAAAUGUAUAAGCCAACAAAUUUUAAAUCUAACAAUGUGCACCCAUAUUCUUUAAUGGUGAUUUAAAAUGUGAAAGAGUUAAGAUGGAAACAGUGGAUCCAAUUAUGCCUCUCCAGGAAUGGAAGGGAUUGUUCCUGGAAUCAAGUGGAGGUUUCCCACUGGAAGAAGCCAGGAGGUGGCAAUUCUCAUUGAUUCCCACUAACCCCAAGAAUCCAGUGCCAUAUCCCAUGCUGUUCUGAAGGAUCUCUCAGGCCUUCGAAGCAACUUUUCAGGGGGCUGCAGGGGAAGGAGUAAUUGGCAAAAAUCACCACCCUGCUCCCUUUCUCCAGCACGAGUGGAACUCUGUUGAACACAAGUCUGGAUCCAACCUAUUAGUUGUAAAUUUUUCUGUAUACAGUAAAUUACAGCAGUAGACAUAGAGCAGAAGUUUGUUUUUAAAAUGGAGGUAUAGCUUACUAAAGGGGUAUGAGGCAAUCAUUUGACCUUUUUUUUUUGCCCAAACUACCAGGAAUGUUAAGUAGAUGGAGAAACUUGAAUCAAUGUUCAGUAGUUUUCCAGCCCAAGAUUUCAAUGUCAAAAUUAUACUACAUUCAUGCAGUAUUUUGAGUAGACAUAUUACAAACAUUUAAAAGUACCUCAAACAUCUUUCUUUCCUGUUCACUUUUCUUAAUUUCACUUUACAUAUAAUCUUUUAUAGAAAUACUUUUGCAGUGUCUUAAAUGGUUUAAAAGUACAAAUUUGUCAUUACUAAAUUCUAGGACCAAGUACAAAAGUGCUCCAUGCAUGGACUUCUGUGCAUCCACCAGAACUAUGCUGAUUUCCCUGUCUGCAGCCCUUUGUACAAUAUUGCACUCCAGAGAGCCCUUUGAGAUCCUGGAGUGGCUUUUCUGGUGGAAUAAGGGGCUGCAGAGGGAGAGGAGGCUGAAAAGCCCUAGCGCAUGCAUGGCUCUCUCGAUUUUUGCUUAAGUCUCUCUCUAUAGGAGAGAGAAAACAGUCUGUGGGUUUUAUGUGGUGAUAGAUAAUUUUAUCUGAGUGGAUAAGGAAGACUAAUACAAAUAUCUGAGUGAAUAAUAAUGGAGUACUAUGGACCUGAAAAAAUGAAUGACUGCUUGGGUUCAAAUUGUCAAUAUGGCUAGAUUUAUUUGGGGAACAUAUCUUUAGCUCUUAGAAAAAAGAUUUUUAAAGAUAUCUCAGGAAGUUGUUGGGAGAUAACUUGUACUGCUGUGAGAAUUUCAGAAAUUUACCUUGCCAAAUUAAUUGAUACUUUAAUGCCUAGAUGUUUUGCAAAUAUAAUUUAAAGCCAACAAGAAAUCUUAUUUUAUAAGUUAUAGAGUAUAUGGAUAUGAUAAUUACAAAAUUGAGUGAAGUUCAAAGGCAGAAUUAUAUUUAGAUUUAUUUUAUUAUAAGUAACUGGCCAGUUGGGAAGACAUUUCUCUCUAACUUCUGUAAUUGUUGAAUACCUGUUAUACAUCCAGUAUAUCCUGCCUCAUGUUUGAACAAUUUGCUAAAUACUUGUAGUUUCACAAGCAUGGUUCUUGUCUAAAGAUCCUGAGCAAUUCUAAGUUGAAAACGGGGGGCUCUCCUCUAAUUUAUUAAACUUAUUGUUCCUUUAUUAAGAACCAACAAGGUGUUAAUUUGUGUUCAGUAAUAGUUCUAUUGGGCCAAUGAUCCAUUUAGCAAAAGUAAAAUUAAGAAAUAAGUGAACAAGGCAUUUCAUAUCCCCUCUCAAAUAUUUCUGAACAGUUAUAUAAAUAAUUUGACAUGUUCUCUUCCAUGAAGGUUGAACAUGCGUAAGAGUCAUGCAAGAUUUAAGAGACACGUAAGUGUUAUUAUACAGGUUUCCCAUGCAGAAAAAGGGCUCUUGUUUUGUUAGUAGUUUUCCUACAUGUGAAGACUUAGCUGAUUGUCAAGAGACAGGAAAGUUCAUUUAUUGUCAGAGCCCCAGGGUGGACAUUUGUUUUUCUCAUGCUGCCAUUCACAUGCUUGAAUUUAUUCUGAGUGGUAAGCUCUUUUCACUUGGGGCACAAUCUAACCCAAGUUAAGCGCCUUUAAGUCUGACUGAUUUUAGAUGGGAGAUAAGCAGGUGCUUAACUCCUUACUGAAAUCAAUGGAACUUUAAAUGUGUUUAAUGUUGGCAGGAUUGUACUCUUUUUUCCUUAAAAAUGCUGAGUAUUUAUAGCCAUAUUGGUUGUGUCUGAAAGUUGCUAUGAGUGGGGAUGUUCAUCUUUCAGCUCCUGAAAGCUUUGUAUUGUAGAUAAACUUUGUUGGUCCAAUAAAUAACUUUCCAAUAACGUUAUGGCCUUCCAUUGAUAUACAUACUAGUUUUAGGACCCAACAGCACAUGUAGUUGAGAAGGGGCUUCUCUUAAUAUAGCACUUUCAAUUCUGUCUAAGCAAAUACUUAUACUUAUCUACAUGUUGUAUAAAAUAGAUUUGUGGAGUGUUUUGUGAUUAAAUUCAGUUUUGAUUGGCAGCUAAGAUAUUUUUCUGUGGUUUUAAUAUAUCUAAGGUCUUUGCAUAUAGAGGAUAUGUACAAAUUGCCUGGAAGACUGUU